AUGGACCAAAAAAGCCCUCGGUCCACCAAAAUCAUGAUAAGCCACAGGAGCAGCAACAGCUAUGAACCGACGGCGGGAAGUUUGGGUCCCAAGCCUCUGUACAAUUACAACUCGCAGCCGCUUUUUGCUCGCGACGCCGAGCGCAGAUCACAACAUACAGAUCGCGACGGAGAUCAUUUUUCGUCUCAUGCACGUCCACAUCAUGGACAUGGAGGACCACAGUUUGCAGCGGCCUCCGACCAAGUUACAAUGGCCACCACUGCGGCCAGCGAUGGAUAUGGCACCACUAAUUCCCAUCUACCCUCUAGCGGGCCGGCCUCGUCUGGUCCAACCUCCACAGCGUCGUCAAAAAAGACACGACCUGCGCAGGUUUCCUUUCUGAGCACCACCGCUCAACAGCAUCCAGGAGGAACCCAUGACGCAGCUGCUUCAUUUUCUUCGCGGUGCAACGCGGCGUCUGUUAGAAGCAUGACGAUGAAUUAUGACCAUGGGGAUCGCUCAAGAGCGUACAGGUCCACACAGGAUGAUCACUCACUGCCCUUGGGACGAAUUGGAAAGAGUUCUGGGCCAAUAAAUCAAGAAGUAAUGAUCCACCAGCACCGCCUUCCACACGAAGACCGCGACUCUUUUGGGCCGGACGAAGAAGAGGAAUUGGACGAUCCGUUCUUGCAAAAGGAGCAGAAUCUGCAAGACUUGAAACUAGAUUUGCAAUCGCUGUUCCGCGUGUCGAAACAGCAGAACGAGGCUCAGAAAAUCAGCAUCCAGGGACUUCAGGUGGAGUUGAAUCACGCGAACAACUUGAAAAUGCAGUUGGAGCAGGACAACGAGAAGCUGAAGAAGGGCAACGAUCUGCUGAUCCAACGGUGUAACGCCCUCGUGUCGGAGAUGGCGACGUUGAAAAUAUCAAAUGUAAAAAUGUCUGGGUCUGGAAGAUUCUGAGACUUGUCAUGCACGUUUUGCAUGGGCCAUGAUAUCUGUGAUGCAUGCCCUAGCAUCACAGACUUUUUGAGGGCUCUGUGAUGCCUAUUCCGCAUGGCAAAUGCCCUCUCCGCGUAGCCAAAAUUGCAUUCCCUUUGCUGCUUAUGCAAUACAGAUUUUUUUGGAAUCCAAAUGCAGCAUCACAAGUUCGGAUUCUUCCAGACCCAGACAUUUUUACAUUUGAUAGAAAACCAACGUGAGCAAAACAAAACAGGAGCGCGACAAGCUGGAGAUAUCAAAUGUAAAAAUGUCUGGGUCUGGAAGAAUGCGCGAUUUGUCAUGCAGCUUUUCCAUGACCCAUGAGGUCUGGAAUGCAGGACCUAGCAUGACAGAUUCUGUGCGAUCUCUCUCAUGCCUCUCCUGCAUGAGAAACUCCCUUCCGACUUGGUCAAAACUGGACGACUUUUGGUAAUCAUGCAACACAGAUUUUUGCAUGUUUCAGAUCUAGCAUGACAAGUUACAUUCUUCCAGACCCAGACAUUUUUACAUUUGAUAGGAGAAGCUCUUUUUCGAUUUGAAGCAGAAGAGCGAGGAAAAGAAGCACUUCCUGAAAAAGGGGCUGGAAGAAAUGAAGCAAAAACUGACGAUCGAACGAAGAAGAAACAAACACCUCGCGUCCGCGUUGCGGUCCCUACAGCGCGACUUUUUCGUUGAAAAAAUGCGCCGAAAUUUGGCAGAAGAAAGUUGAAGAGGGACUCGUUUCUGUUUCAUGUGUUGCAAACUCGAUAAGCACUGUUUCACUUCUGAAUUUGCAAAUAAGAACGAAGUAAUUACAUAGAUCACUUUUGUUUUUGUUGUACGCGAACACGUUUCAAGUUUAGGAGCAGGCGGUGGAAGAGAAAU